GAAGAAACUCUUCUCUCACGAGUCAAUAACGUUUAUUAUCAACACAUUUCACACGCGGCAGCGCCCGGAAUAUUCUCAACCAUUGGUGGCAGACAACACCGCCGUCAGAGGAGCAUAGAGAGCCAAACCACAACCAAAUCCACCCCUGGUAUGUCUCCACGGAGUGUGUCUGACAUGCCCUACGUGCUUGCGUGGUGAAUAGCAAUGGGACCACCGACCCACAGCUUGAUCUGUGAGCUGACAGCACCCAUCCCCCCACACGCCCAUCUGUGCUGCUCUGCAUAGGCAAGCAGGCUUGGUGCAUGCAUGCAGAGACUCCCGUUGCACAGGAGACACAUGUGCAGAUUAGGGUAGUUUUUUUUGCCCCCCUGGUGCAGUCUCAACCUGCAGCGAGACGUAAACAACGCCUUUGUCCCCAGGUGACAAAAGCAGCCUGCACCAGUUGGGUUGUAUAAUUGAUCGUUAUCAUGUCUUCACAUUAGUCUUUCCCUCUUGUCAGUCCAGCAUGAGCAGUGCAACUUCACGUCUGGUGCGCAGAUCCACACAUGCCUGUGAACACUCCUCCUGGAAGCUAAUUGCCCCCUUGGAAGUGGAGGUCAGAGGUUCUCAAGAUGGGUCUGUGUCAUUGCUGAUGGAUGGUCAUGCACAACGUCUACCUUCUUUAAGUGACCGUGUGAUCAUUAACCAUAGAACAGGCUGGAUUGUUUUACCCCCAAAAAGCAUGGUUUCAGCUUUUUAAUAUUAUCCAUGACAGUGGUUUGCACUUUUACAAAAAUUUAAUGGGUGUUGUGUUGAGAAAUGUAACACCCCCCUUGCAAAGGUCAAAGUGUAACAGGCCGACUUCUAACACCAUAUCAGACAUGACAAAGAUAUACAACAGUCAAGGUUUUCAGAUGCACAAAAUGUAUCAACACCAAUAACACCAAAAAUGUCCGACUGUGUCAACUGUACAUGGUCUGAAAGCCUUCAAAAUACAAGAAACAUAUAUAUUUUUUAUAGAAUACGUAUAAAAGAUAGUGAUAUGAAAACAUUGUAUUACAUUUAAUACAUUCUCUGUGCAACAUCAGAGAAAAAUGGUAUAAAGCUGAAAUAAUAAAUUCAAAACUUCUUACAAACUUAAAAAUACAUUGAUUAGACAUUAAACUCCUCGUCCACCAAAGUGUUUAGUGUUAAAACGCCACCUGCUGGCCGAACAUCGACAUUGCUCGCUGCGCGUCCGCGCUGACCGGAGCGCGCACGCCACGCAAUCCUGUGACGUCCCAGUUUACCCAAACAAGGAAGAGGCGAGCCGGGCCCCGCCCCCCUGUGGGUCAGCCGCAUCAUGGAUGGAGGUGGCUGAAAAAUUCAGAGCGAAUUAAAAACUGCACCUGACGACUUGUGGAGUUUGGCUUCCAGAUGUCGAGGAGCACGAGUUAACAUCUGACCAGAUGAUACACGAGGCGGCGGUGACGUGUCCCGAACCCGAAGAUGAGGCGUCUGUCCCGGAAGAAAGCCCUGAGUCUGGUGAGGGAGCUGGACGCCUUCCCCAAAGUGUCCGAGAGCUAUGUGGAGACUUCAGCUUCAGGAGGAACAGUGUCUCUGAUUGCUUUCUGUGCCAUGGCGCUUCUGGCCGUCUUAGAGUUCUUUGUCUAUCAAGACACGUGGAUGAAAUAUGAAUACGCAGUGGACAAGGAUUUUUCCAGUAAACUGAGAAUAAACAUUGACGUCACAGUUGCCAUGAAAUGCCAGCAUGUCGGAGCAGAUAUUUUGGAUUUGGCCGAGACCAUGAUCACGUCCAGCGGCCUCCAGUACGAAGCUGUUAUUUUUGAACUGACACCACAACAGAGACUGUGGCAAAAGAAUUUGCUUCUCAUACAGAGCCGACUGAGGGAGGAACAUGCCCUGCAGGAAGUCCUUUACAAAACUCUGCUGAAAGGAGCUCCCACCGCCCUGCCUCCACGGGAGGAUGGCUCUGUGGAGCCGCUCAGUGCCUGCAGGAUACAUGGGCACGUGUUCGUCAACAAGGUGGCAGGAAACCUGCACAUCACUGUAGGAAAGCCCAUCCAUCAUCCUCAGGGCCACGCCCAUAUUGCAGCGUUUGUGAGCCAUGAGACGUACAACUUCUCCCAUCGAAUUGACCACUUAUCUUUCGGGGAGGAGAUAGCGGGCAUCAUCAAUCCCCUGGACGGCACCGAGAAAAUCACCCAUAACAACAACCAGAUGUUCCAGUACUUCAUCACUGUGGUGCCCACCAGACUCCACACGCACAAGAUAUCUGCAGACACACACCAGUUUUCUGUGACCGAGCGAGAGCGGGUGAUAAACCACGCCGCGGGCAGUCACGGCGUCUCCGGCAUCUUCGUGAAGUACGACACCAGCUCUCUGGUGGUGACGGUCAGCGAGCAGCAUAUGCCGCUGUGGCAGUUCCUGGUGCGACUGUGUGGCAUCGUCGGGGGCAUUUUCUCCACGACAGGCAUGCUCCAUGGGCUUGUUGGCUUCUGCUUCCAUAUCGUUUGCUGUCGCUUUAAAUCGUCGGGAGUCUACAGGCCCGGAGAGCUACACAACCAGGUCAACAGCCUGAACAAUCACCAGAUCCCCCCGUCGGCUGACAACGUUCCUCAGGAGUAGACUUUUUUUUCUUUUCGUUUUUCGCUGAGAAGGUUUAUCUACAGAAGAUAUCUCCUAAUUUAUUGCUGUUUGUAAGAAAUUGUGGUUUUUUUGGUGCUUGUGUUGGCUUCUCAUGCGUUCUCUUCCUGAAAAAGCUCAAGCUUUCUUUCAAACUUCUUGUGGCGUUAACUUAAAUAUUUUCAAAUUCACGUUCAGAUCAGUUGUUUAGAACAUUUAACACAUUCAAACACAUCACAUGUUGUGUUGGUGCUUCUUUAAAACUGUUGAAGUAUAAAUCAAUUUAACAAUUCUUCUGUAGUUCUGUUUCUCAACAAAGCAUUUUAUUACGCUUGUCACGAGGAUGAUUGCUCUGACAGGAAGCAAACAUAUUAAUUAUGAAAUCAUUUAGCCAGAAGAUAUCCUAGUAGUUUAAUUGGUCUUUGUUUCAGCCUUAAUUAAAAAUCUAUGGCUUUGA